AUGCUUAAGUCCACAUAUACCCCUCCACCUCCCCUGCCUGCAGGAUGGACGGAGCAUCGAGCGCCUACUGGUCAUUUGUACUUUUAUAACACAGUUACGAAACAGUCGACAUAUACCAGACCUGUAGCGCAACCACCUCAUACUGCGCCGGCCGGCCACCAAGCAUCACCGGCAGCUCCGGCCUAUUCGCCCGAAACACUCCCACCUUUCUCCUCAACGCCAUAUGGCCCUGCGGGCUACCAACCUGGGACAGCACAGUAUGGCCAACAUUACUCACAGCACGGUCAGGGACGAGGCGCGUUCCGUGGUGGGAAAGGAUAUCAAGACCGUGGUCGUCGGGAGCCUCAAGAUCGUCCAAAGUCCAAGCAUCCCAUUCCUGAUUGUGGGCCUUGGGUUCUCGUGAAGACCAAAUUAGGUCGGCGUUUCGUUCAUAACCCCGAGACCAACGAGAGCUUCUGGAAGUUUCCACAGGAAGUACUCAAGGCCGUCACUGAGUUUGACCGGCUAGAGCGCGAGAAGAAAGCGAGAAUCGAGCGCGGCGAGGAACCGGAAGAACCGCGCAAGGCAGAAAUCUCUAAGGCGAAACCAGGACCGGCUAUCGAUGAUAAGGCCACUCCAGAAAUCCGCGCAGCAGUGGAAGCUCCAGAACGCGUGGAAGAUAGCGAUGAAUACGAGGAGGUUGAGGUGACGGAUAGUGAAGACGAUGAGGGCCAGCCGUCAAAGCGUCCGCGCACCGAGAGCGAAGGCGUACAAAAUCAGCCCGUCGAAUUCACCGAGGAAGACAUGGAAUAUCAACUAGCCGCCAUGGGCGAAGAUUACGGUUUGGAUCCUGGCGAAUAUGGCGAGCUUGGAGAGGAUGAGUGGGAAACACAGGGCCUUCCACUGACCGAAGCUGACGCUGAAGCUCUAUUUCGUGAUUUGCUGGACGACUACAAGAUCAACCCAUUUACGACAUGGGAAAAGAUUAUCGAGGAAGGUCGUAUCAUCGAGGACUCCAGAUACACUGCGCCCUCGAAUAUGAAAACUAGACGAGAAAUAUUCUCAAACUGGAGCAAAGACCGUGCAAAGGAUGUCCAAGAGCGCAAGAAAAACCAGGAGAAGCAAGAUCCACGCAUUAAGUACCUAGCUUUCCUCCAAGAGCACGCGACACCAAAGCUAUACUGGCCCGAGUUCAAGCGCAAAUUUCGAAAAGAGCCAGAAAUGAAGGACUCGCAACUUCAUGACAAGGAUCGAGAAAAGUUCUACCGUGACUAUAUUUCACGGCUGAAGGCUUCUGAAAGCACCCGAAAAUCAGAUCUUUCUGCCCUACUCAAGUCUGCACCAUUGCAUGGUCUCAACCAGUCGUCAAGCCUUGAGGCUCUCCCAACAGUUAUUAUAACUGACGUUCGAUACAUCGCGCUGCCGCCUAGAGUUCGUGAUCCCUUGAUUGAGGCAUACAUAUCUACAUUGCCUCCGGCACCAGAAGUGCAGUUGACUCCGGAAGAACAAGAAGAAUUUGAUCGGAAACGAAGAGAACGCGAGAAGCGCGAAAAAGCGCUGGCAGAGCGUGAGAAACGGGUUGAAGAAGACAAGCGCAGACAACGUUUUGAGCAAGGGCGUGGCAAGCAUCUUCUCAGAGAAGGUGAAGCCGAGAUUGCCGAAGCAAUGAGAAUCAACAAGGAUGGAUUGCGCAGUCAUAUGGCUGUGGAUGAAUCGCCGGCGGGCGAGCAAGAGAAGACGAAUCAAUAA